UUCAAAAUUAUAGUGUAUUUUCCUAUCAAAUUUCGCUCAAGAUUGUUAGCAAAGGAAUACUUUUGGAGAUGGAGAAGAUCACAGAAACAUUCACCACCAUAAAUCUUUCUUGCAACAAGUUCCGAGGAAAUAUUUCAGUUGCAAUUGGGGAACUUAAAGCACUCAUGGGGCUCAAUUUAUCUGCAAAUGACCUCACGGGUCAAAUUCCAUCUUCAUUUUCUCAAUUGAUCAGGCUUGAGUCAUUAGAUCUUUCCAUAAAUAGUUUAUCGGGGGAAAUCCCCCAACAAUUGCCAGCUCUCACAUUCCUUUCAGUUUUGGAUCUAUCACAAAACCAUCUCACAGGAAGGAUACCACAAGGCAACCAGUUUGGAACAUUUCCAGCUGCUUCAUAUGAAGGGAAUUUGGGGUUAUGUGGACCUCCAUUACCAAAAAGAUGUGGAGUUAUAGAUAGUGCAUUACCUCCAGCUUUGGCACUAGAAAAGGAAGAAGAAGAUUCAACAAGUUUGCUUGAUUGGAGAUUUGUGGUUCCAGGGUAUUGUUCUGGAGUGAUAAUUGGGGUCAUGAUUGGACAUACUAUGUUUUGGAGGAUCAUUGGAUGCUUCGGGUUAACAUCAAGAAUGAGAAGACUCAUGCGAAGGCAAGUAUCAAGGAAAAGCAAAAACCAUGGGAGAGUAAAAUGAACAACUGUCAGAGAGGGGAGUGAACAUGAUUUCCGUUUUCCUUUUCUCCUACUAGUAUAUAUUUGUCUACUUAAGGUUGAGUGUACUUCUAUUUUUCAGUAAUGCUGGGUUGAGUAUGUGUUGAUCCGUUGUUUUGUAUUUUUAUUUCCUUUCUUUUGCAACUUUUUUAGCAUGUGGUGAUUC